AUGUCAGAGAGAAAACAAGACCUAGUGAUGUUCCCAUUCAUGGCACAAGGCCAUAUCAUACCUUUCCUAGCAUUAGCCCUCCAGUUAGAACAAAAUAACAAUUACACCAUAACCUUCGUUAACACCUAUCUUACUAUCAAGAAACUGAAAUCAUCACUCCCAGCAAAUUCCUCCAUUCAACUCUCCUUGAAAUCCCUUUCGAUGGCUCAAGCUAUGGCCUGCCUCCUGGCGCUGAAAACACUGACUCAAUUACUUACCAUCAAUAUUCUCCAAGCCUCUUCCAUUCUCAAACCAUCAUUCAAGAAACUCUUUUCUGAUCUCGUUAGAGUGCAAAAUGGUUUUGGUUUUGCAUGUUACCAAUCAUCUUGGUUGAACCUGCGUCGCCAGAACAAAGAAUCUGAUGAGUCACCUUUACCAGAUUUCCUAGAAGCGUCUACAAUGCUUGUCACACAAUUGGAGAUGGAGGAACUUGACAAGCUUGGAUUGAUAUAUUUUAGGCGUAAACUAGGCAAGCCAGUCUGGCCAAUUGAACUAGUUCUCUUGUCCAAGAGAAGCCAAGAUCAAGCUGGAAUUACACCUGAGAACACAAUAUCUGCCACCUGGGAAUUGCAGGCUAGUGGAAAGAAUUUCAUCUGGGAUGUUAAGCCACCUGUAGGAUUUGACCUUAACCUGGAAUCUAAAGCAAAAGGGUAG